AUGUCAGCACAGCAGAUUAAUCAAAGCUUCAAGCUGGAGAAUUUGUUCAAUGUCAAAGGCAAAGUGGCCCUAAUCACGGGCGGAGGCUCAGGAAUUGGCCUCAUGGCCACCCAAGCUCUCGCCGUAAACGGAGCCAAAGUAUACAUAACCGGCCGAACAGAAGAAAAGCUAUCCCGCAUAGCAGAGCUCUACGGCAAGGACAUAAGCGGCGAGAUCAUCCCCCUCACAACAGACAUUACAAAGAAGGAUGAGAUCCGCAAGCUUGCCGACGAGAUCUCCGCCCGCGAAGGCCACCUCUCGAUCCUCAUGAACAACGCCGGUAUCUCCAGCAAGACACAAGAAACCGAGCACGAGAGCGCAGGCAAGCUGCGCGAGUCUCUGUUCGAUGACCCAGGCGCCACAUUCGAAGAAUGGGACAAUGUCUUCCGCACGAACGUCUCCCAGCUCUUCUUCGUGACGACCGCUUUCCUACCGCUACUGCAGCGUGGCUCUGAGAAGGAGCACGGCUGGUCCAGUACCGUGAUCAACACGACUUCCAUCUCGGGUAUUGUGAAGGUCUCGCAGCAUCACUUUGCGUAUAAUGCUUCGAAGGCGGCGGCUAUUCAUUUGACCAAGAUGCUGGCGCAUGAGAUCAGUUCGUCGAAUUUGACAAUUCGAGUGAAUAAUAUUGCGCCGGGUGUUUAUCCCAGUGAGAUGACAGCUGGGGAGAGUGAUGAGAAGCAGAAGAGCUUCAUUCCUACUGAGAGGUAUGAGAAGAAGGUCCCUGCUGCUCGACCGGGGAGAGAUGAGGAUAUGGCUAGCACGGUGCUGUUUGCUGCUGCCAAUCAGUAUCUGAAUGGGCAGACUGUUGUUGUUGAUGGAGGAUAUGUACUUGCUGCUGGGUCUGUGAAUUAG